AAAAGCCCGUAGGUCUCCGCGUUUGUUGCGUUUUCUCGUAAAGAAAAAUACAAUAUCUAGCCCUAAAAUUGAUAAUUCUCUCCAUAAGGGUAUUGUUAUUUUCAAUCACGAAUCAUGGUGGCACGUGUCGCUGGUGUUUUUGACGAGAAAUUGACUAAGGCUAUUGCGAAUUCUAAGAUUUUAGUUGUCGGUGCCGGCGGUAUAGGUUGUGAAAUUUUGAAGAAUCUCGUUUUGACCGGCUUUCCACAGAUUGAAAUUAUCGACCUUGAUACUAUCGACGUAAGCAAUCUAAACCGUCAGUUCCUAUUCCACAAGGAGCAUGUGGGGAAAUCCAAGGCACAAGUGGCUAAGGACAGCGCGCUCGGUUUCAAUCCUAAUGUUAAUAUCGUGGCACAUCAUGAUAGUGUUAUUAGCAAUGAUUAUGGAGUGAGCUAUUUCAAACAAUUCAACAUAGUCUUAAAUGCAUUGGACAAUCGUGUUGCACGUAACCAUGUUAACAGAAUGUGCUUGGCUGCCAAUGUACCAUUAGUUGAAACAGGUACUGCUGGAUAUGCUGGACAGGUGGAACUUAUCAAGAAAGGCUUAACCCAAUGUUACGAGUGUCAGCCGAAGGCACCUCAGAAAACGUUCCCUGGUUGCACUAUUCGUAACACUCCCUCAGAGCCUAUUCAUUGCAUUGUGUGGGCUAAGCAUCUGUUCAACCAGCUAUUUGGUGAAGAGGACCCAGACCAGGAUGUGAGCCCAGACACAGCAGAUCCCGAAGCAUCAGGUGAGGCAGGCUCAUCAGCUCUAUCAUCAGAAGCAAACACAGCAGGCAAUGUGGAACGAAAAAGCACUCGAGCUUGGGCAGCUGAAACAAAUUACGAUCCUGAGAAACUCUUCUCCAAACUGUUUGGAGAUGAUAUCCGCUACUUAUUGUCUAUGGAGAAUCUAUGGAAGAAACGCAGGCCACCAACUCCAUUGUCUUGGGAUAAUUUGCCCGGAAACAAUAAUCCUCCUGCUCCACAUUCUGGAUUACCAGAUCAGCGUGUUUGGUCUAUUAGUGAGUGUGCCCAGGUUUUUGCAGCAAGCUGCAAGGCUCUCCAAGAAGAUCUGAAAAGCCGUCCCGAGGGAGACCAUCUAGUCUGGGACAAGGAUGAAAAAAGCGCUAUGGAUUUCGUGACCGCCUGUGCCAACAUUCGAGCUCAUAUAUUUAACAUUCCCACCAAGUCACGUUUCGAGAUUAAAUCAAUGGCGGGCAACAUAAUCCCAGCUAUCGCGACGGCGAACGCAAUAGUGGCUGGACUCGCAGUGCUACGUGCACAGGCCAUUUUGAAAGGCGAUAUCAAGACAUGUACCAGCGUCUAUUUAAGACCGAAAGUCAAUCACUGCGGACAGAUAUUUGUCCCCGAGAAAACAUUGACUCCACCGAACCCGAAAUGUUACGUUUGCGCGCCUAAACCAGAAAUAGGCCUCGCUUGCAACCUGAAACAACUGACACUCAAAGAUCUAACGGCAGCUUUCAAGGAAGGUCUAAACAUGCAAGCGCCAGACGCCACAGUCGAAGGAAAAGGUCUGGUCGUGCUAUCCUCAGAACCUGGUGAAACUGAUCAUAAUAAUGAUAAGACUCUUGAAGAAAUAGGUCUUACUGACGGCUGCGCCUUAAUGGUAGACGAUUUCCUACAAAACUAUGAAGUCCGAGUAAGAUUACAACAAGAAGACGAAGAAAAAUCAUGGCGUCUAGUAACAGACAGCGAUGCCGAAAUGCCGGCUCCAAAAGAAGCCGAAAAGUCAAAUGGAUCGAACGGUUCAGAGCCCAAACCCGGACCAUCACGGACAAGGAUACGUCAGGAUAGCGACAGUGAUAUGGAGAUUAUUGAAGAAGAUGAUGACGGUGAACCGAUGGUGAAGCAACCGAAGCGCAGGCGCACCGAAAUAGCCGACGAGGUCGUUGAACUCUGCUAGUACUUAAGUUUACGUGUAUCGGCGUUAGUCCUUUAAAAUGGACUGGAUUAUUUAAAGAAAUGAAACUGAAAAUUAUCCAUAACAGUUGUAUGUACCAGAGAAGACAAGUUUCUUUUGCAUCCACUUUUGAGGGCGAGAUGUGACACGACCCCUCGAUGUUGCUAUUAGAAGAAAUUAGUUCUAUAGAUUUCAGGAAUAUGGCAACGACAAAUAAAACAACUACCUUUAAUGAAAGAAUUGACAAUUACCUGCAAUUCUUCACAUACUGUUUACUUCCACAAUAAACCCCUAAUGUGUAUAAACAAAUAUUUGAACUUUGCAAUAAUUUGUUUGUCGCUUGAGGUGAUCGGCAAUUAAUUAAUCCAAUUCGUACAUAUAUACCAGCACUAUACUGGAUAAUUAUAUUGUAUACAUAGAUAUCUUUUUAAAAGAAAAAAAAAACGGCAAACAAAAAGCGUACGCGAAUAGAAAAUAUGCAAGCAAUAUUGCAUAUAAACAACCAAGACCAAUAAAAUGAUUCAACAACUAUUAUCUACGACCCAAACAGGCCAGUCUAUGUUCUUUAAUUGUCAUUUUUAUUACUCAUCAAUGGUUCACAUUCAUAGGAUCUGUUGCAUAAUACGAGGCCGUGUACUGGACCGAAAUUAUACAAAUGAUUUAGUAUUCAUACUCGUUUCCGAGACUUAGUGUUAAGAACAAUUUUUGUAGUAAGUUAUAAGAAGAAAUGUAUCACUUAUGUAUUUCAAUGUCUUAUUAAUAA